CCUUGUAGUACAGACAGAAGGUACGCGCUCGAGGACAAUUCCUCGAACACGGGACCCCUCUUUUACGUCCCUUCCGAUAGACGAAUCAGUUCCAACCAAGGUGUUCCCAGGGUUAGAGGCGGGGUCUCACAGUUACCGACAAACCAGGAGCUCAUUUGUGACGCUGAUACCAAUAAAGCCACAGGGACAUCUUUGUGACUAGGACAGGACAAAUGUUCCCAGAGUCUCAUCUUAUACGCACUGGAACAGCUGUUAGAUGGGGUGUUGCCAGUCCAAGGUCACGGUAAGCCAUCCGGCUAGAGACCCUGGAACCUGCGACCUUCAGCAGAAGGUUACUCCUAAGCAAGAUGGCGGAGAUGACACGUUCGACACUGUAGAAGCUGUGGGUCUUGAACCCUUAUCUGGACUGCCGAUCGAAGACAGUAAGUCUUGGCCUACAUCCGAUCAUCAUGGUUUCACAAAACGCUGUUCUGCAAAGUGUCGUAAGGGGGCGCUCGAUGAAGAGAUCCUAGAUGUAGAGCGAACGGUCAGAACAUGUUGGGAAGAGAUAGAAGAACAAUGUAGGACCUGCCCGGGAGAACAGGGAGAGGUGCCUAGUCAAGUACAAGCCGGCUGGCAAGUAGUGCGAGUCUUCGUAUCGUCCACAUUUGCAGACUUCCACUCGGAACGGGAAGCACUGGUCAAAAAGGUGUUUCCUGAAUUGCACGAGUGGUGUAAGGGUCGCCAGCUACACCUGGUGGAAUGUGACCUGAGGUGGGGGGUCCCCAAGGACUCCACCUCACAAACAACCAUCAGCAUCUGUCUGGAGGAGCUGGACAGGUGUCUCAAGGAGACAGAUGGGCAGCCCUUCUUCUUGGCCAUGCUGGGAGAAAGGUACGGCUGGAUCCCCUCCAUCCAGGACGUCUCGGAGGAGAUCAGGGAAAAGUACAGCUGGGUGGACCACCUGUCAAUCACCCACAUGGAGAUAGUCCGAGGUGCUGUUCGCUCCAACAACCCCAACGCCGCGUUCUUCCUCAGGGAUCCUGACUUCCUGAAGGACUUACCUCAGGACCAGCUCGCCAACUUUGUGGACACAGCAGAACUUAAUACUCAGCAACAAAAGGAGCUCAAGUCUUACUUGAGAACGAAGUUUCGCAGCCAGGUGUACAGUUACAAGUGUAAAGUCGGCAAUGUUACAGAGUCGGAGGUUCAUUUAUCUGGACUAGGAAAAUUUUGCAAGCAAGCGGUGAAGAUUCUAAAGACUGCGAUUGGCAGAAGAUAUCCAGAAUCCAGGGGAAACAUGUCAGUUCGUGACCAAGCUGCCCUGCCACACACAACCUUCAUGGAACAGAAAGGGCGUUUCCUGACAGGUCGCGAUGCGGAGAUGCAGAGGGUCGUGAAGUUUGCCCUGUCCCAUUGGGCCAGCGAACCUUAUCAAGAUGUCUGUAAGGUGAAUGACCAGUCGGACGUUUCCGGCGAGAUCCCGGAUGUUGACGAACGACCUGUGCUGUUCGGCGCGAGUCUUGAGCCCGUGUCACGUGACCGGAGCCUGAUGGUGGUACUUGGAGAGUCUGGCACAGGGAAGUCACUGUUCAUGGCGCGAUGUGCGAUGGAGAUAAGGAAGAAAACGAAGAAUUUUCUCUACCAUUUUGUUGGUUGCUGUCCAGAGUCGCUCGAUGUUAAUAACAUCCUUCUGCGCCUGCGUGGACAUAUGGAAAUCGAGCAAUGUGACAUCGCGGGAGAGUUUGGUGACUUCAAACGCCUCAAGUUGCAGAGAAAACCGUCGAAUUAUCUGAACAAAUGCCCCCUGAACGAGAGCAGACUCGUUAUUUUGAUCGACGCGAUUAACCAUAUAUCAGACAGCAAGACGCCAUCUCACCUCGAAUGGCUGCCGCCAGAGUUGCCAGGCAACGUCAGAUGCAUCGUCAGCACAAGCAUAGAUCCUGCCACCUUGCGGAAACUGAGAGAACGACAACCACCUCCAUGCGAAAUGAAGCUGCUUGAUCUCGACCAGCAAGCAAGACGCAACAUUGCGACGACAUAUUUCAAGGAAUACAAUAAGAUUCUAGACGAUGAGCAGCUGGAUCUCCUGACGUCAUCAGCAGGUGCAGGCAAUCCUGUCUGGCUGGCCAUGGCGUGUGAGGAACUCAGGGUGUUUGGAGACUUCAGCAGGCUUACUGAAAAAAUCAAAUCCCUGCCUGACUCCAUGGAGGGCCUGAUGCACACCUGCAUUACCCGAGUCGUGAGGGAAGACGACACUGGAUGUGUUGAGAAGAUGCUGUGCCUGAUCGAGUGCUCCCAGCUUGGUCUGCAGGAGCCAGAGUUACAGUUGUUGCUAGGCGACCCUGAGACAGCCACGCCCUUACCUGCGCUGACCUGGGGCCAGGUGCUGAGGAGUCUGAGACGUUUCCUGAGGAACACGGCCGGGUACCAGAACCUUCCAGUCCUGGGGUUCUUCCAUCAUUCCAUCAGCAAGGUUGUACAGAAAAGUCUCAUCAGGACCCCAGCAGUUCGACAAAGCUACCACAACGUCCUUGCAGCCUACUACCAGGGUCAAUGUGCUGUCCAGCAGCUGGUGGCCAGGAAGCUACCGUACCAGCUCCAGAAGACUGGGAUGAACAGCAAACUUGUGGCGUUUUUACAGAAGGAUCCAAGAUCAUUGUACAUGACAACAGCGGACAGACAGACGUACAUCAAUGGGGUGAGAUGUUCAAACAAGAUUCCCAUCGAGGAGCUCGGUCUCAGAGCAGCCAUUGUGUUGUGCAAAAUGUGUGCAACUAAGAAUAAGGCCUUCAUCCAAUCCAAGGAACUGAACAAGGAUGUUUGCGUCAUCUGUGGACAGAGAACGACAGCUAAGUCCCUCAACCAACAGGUUCACUUUUGUGCCCUCCAUGACCCACCAGACACAGAAGGGAAAGACUGGUGUAUUUCCUGUGAGCAAAGCGGGAGGAAGGUCACGACAAGCAGCAGGGCCCAUCUUUGUGUCCAGUGUAGCUCCAACUCUUUAGAAAACACAUGUGCAAAACUUCUGGUGUAGCGGUAGCACACCAAGUUUGCAAUUGUACAAAUCAGUAGCAUGAUAAUAUUGUGACAAUAGUAUGAUUGUCUAAAAGUAAUUAUACAUAGAUAUAUGAUUGUAGAAGAUAUUCAACAGAAUAGUCCCAAAGAAACACUAUCAAUUUAAUUCUCACCGCAAUUUUUAAAACUCACCAGUUGCAUCGAAAAAAUAGACUGCAGUAUUGACCUCGGAAGAUAGAUGUCGCUGUGAGAUUACCUUCCAACAUAUCCAUGUUUUCGAAAGCACUGCUUGGUACACGAAGUUGUUCCUUCUGUUCAAAGUUUUUUGACACCAUCGCCAGUUGAAAUGAGGACAGGUACAUUUCUGUGGCUUAAGAUGACCAUGUUAUUUCUACUGUUUGUGUGUGAAAUGAUUGCUUGCUAAGGAUUGGCAAGAAAAUCAGAUAAAUGUAGCAUGUUGCAAACUAGAUUAAUGAUAAUAAUAAUAUCAAUAAUAAUAUGAAGUCUAGAAUUAAGAGAGUACGUAGUAAAUAUGGAAAAAUAAAGACUCAAGACUAUGCUGUAAGUUGUGUUCAAAGACUUUAUAUUCUG